AUUUCUGACAGCACGUGAAGGCAGCACAGGUCCAUCCUCCCCAUCAGCAGUCCGGUCAACAACACUUCAGCUGCUGCAGGACUCAGCUGCAAACUUCACCGACUCUCUGCACUCACACAGCCCGACAUGGAUGCCCUCAAGUCGGCCGGGAGAGCCAUCAUCCGGAGCCCCAGCAUGGCCAAACAGUCGUGGACAUCCGGCAGACACAGAAAGCUUCCAGAGAACUGGACCGACACACGGGAGACCAUCAUAGAGGGGAUGACCUUUAACCUGCGUCACCUCGGCAUGACACUAGUGGACCAGCCCAAAGGGGAGGAGCUGUCAGCGGCUGCAGUGAAGAGAAUCGUGGCCACGGCUAAAGCCAGUGGGAAGAAGCCUCAGAAGGUUGCUCUGAAGGUUUCCCCCCAGGGAAUCGUCCUGUACGACAGCUUGACCAAUAAACUCCUGGAGAACGUCUCCAUAUACAGAAUAUCCUACUGCACAGUGGACAAACUUCAUGACAAAGUGUUUGCUUACAUCGCUCAAAACACCCUCAACGGGACCCUGGAGUGCCACGCCUACAUUUGCUCCAAGAGGAAAGUGGCUCAGGCGGUGGCUCUGACGGUCGCCCAGGCCUUCACGGUAGCUUUUGAACUCUGGCAAGUUGCCAAAGAAGAGAAAGGGAAGAGAGUGAAGUCGGGUUCAGCUGGAGAGGCCAGCAGCAGCUCCCACUCAGAGAGAUCCAACAGCCUGGGGAGCCUGAAAGGGACAGAAGAUGUCGCCACAGACAACCUGUUGGACUUUGAGGACAGUGUGAAUGUGGUGGUGGAGACCAACGGGAACAUAGAGGAGGAUCAGCUGGACAACCACAGGCCCUCUGAGACCAACAAUAACCCUGCCUGGGAGAUAGAAGAUGGACUGGAUGAAGCCUUCUCCAGACUGGCAGUGUCGCGUACUAACCCCCAGGUCCUGGACAUUGGGGUGACGCCCCAGGACUGGCUCACUGAACCCGACUGGGACAGCACCAAUGGAAACACUCCCAACGGUCUCAGUCCGUUCGGAGACGACAUCUUCGGCUUCUGACCACCACAACACAGCAGAGAGAGAGGCGGCAACCAGGGGGAGGAGGGGUGUCUUUAUGUCUUCCUUCGAGUUAACGAGACAUCACUGUGUAUUUCAGACGAGGCUACAGGAAGUCCAUAAGGGAAUAAGAGUAGAGUUGUGAGAUCACGUGUGGCCUCCUCGCCUUGUUGCUGCACUCUUCACACGGACAGUUCUUACCGUCUUUGAGGAAACUGCGCGGGCUGUAGCCCCUUCACACCAAAGCAAUAUUGUCACCCCGUGUCUGUCCUGUUAUUACACACAUCCUCACACACUUAAUGUUCAGCUCAUGUCAGCAUCUGUUCUCCUUUGUUUGCUUACAUUUUAUUUUCUGUAGUUUCGGCACCAUAAUCAGUGUUUUGUACAUGUGUUUAGUUAUAAUUUAUAGAUUUAUAAUUAUUUUUUUAUGGAUGAGGAGUAGGAUUUAAUCCAGACUGAUGAACAGACAGAAUCAACAGGCCUUAACAACAGCAGGACAAUCAGCCACAACACACACGUUUCAGAGGACGGAGUUAACGUGAGGAUUUGGAUGUAAACUGAAGAUUGUUGUCUGAAAUAUGAAAAUCAAUUUAGUUGUAUUUAUAUGAACUUUUUGUAGCAGCUGCUCAUUCAGGACGUGUCACAGGCGGUACGUUCUCUCAGCAGUGUAACAGCAUUUUCUUGAAUGAGCCCAGAUGUGUUCACGGCCGUCAGAUUCCUCUGUGGCCACUUCAUGUACAUUAUAAUCUACCAGCG